AUGUGCGCAGCAAUUUUUUUGGCUGGUAUGGUUGUUAAUGUUUUUGAAGAUUUUUCAACAUUUCAUCCGUUGGCGAUGCUUGGUGGUUCUCUUUGGGCAAUUGGGAAUGCAACAGCUAUUCCAAUUAUAUCGAUGAUUGGUAUGGGUCCAGGAAUGUUAAUAUGGGGAACAAUUAACUGCAUUGUUGGUUGGGCCACAUCACGGUUUGGGCUAUUUGGCUUCUUUUAUAUCUCGUUUUGGUGUUGUUUUUUUUAUAUGGAAAGUCUACAAGUGUUUAAAGAUGUUUCUCCGCGAGGUACUUCGUAUGUGUUUGCAAAUCAGUGUGGAAUAUUUGUAACUUCUACAUUGGUAUUUCUUCUUUACGUGUUGUAUAAACGUAGCAGGCCUGUCAUCAAUCCACGCAUUGUACUUCCGGCAUUCAUUACGGGUGGGAUGUGGAGUAUCGCUCAGAUAUCAUGUUUCAUCCUUAAUAGGUUUGUCGCGAAUGAUCGUUUGUCUCAGGCAGUUUCGUUCCCGAUAAUCAGCAUGCUGCCAGGAGUUUGUGCGGCAGCGUGGAGCGUAUUUUAUUUUCGUGAAAUUGAGGAUCGCCAAAGUCUUCGAACUCUUGCAAUUGCUGUGGUAGUCACAGUUACUGGUGCAGCAUUAGUUGGGCUUUCAAAGGAGCUUGUAGUACAGAAGUAUUAA